GUCUCACAGCAUCGCAUACACGCGCUCAGGCCAGGGCCUGGCACGUGCCCAGGAAACAGCGUGAGGGCUAGCUUGCCUACGGGCCGAUUGAAAGCGUCUACGGCACCCCCAAGUUCGCUUGUACGAUUUUUGCCUCGCCCCCCUCAACAGCAGUAUACCGCGUUCUCCAUUGCUGCGCACAGCAGAAGGAGCCCCGACGUGAGCGAGAGGGCUUGUGUUGCGGGGGUUCAAACGUGGUGCUGAGGACUGCAACAACCCUACUCUUCUGCAGGGAAAGCAACAGCCAUGUUUAACUUCUUGCUGCAGGGUAAGGUCGGGGAGAUGAUGGCACCCGUCCAGUCGCAGGAGGCGCAGCUGCUCAUCGCGAUUCAGAACAGACAGCAAGACAAGAUCCGCGAGCUGCUGGAGGUCAAGGGGGUCGGCGCUAACACCGCCAACGACCGAGGGGUGCGACCGAUGCACAUGGCAUGCCAGACCGGCAACAAUCACCUGGUCCAGAGAUUGCUCGAGCUCGGCGCGGACAUAAUCACCGCAGACAAGGCGGGCAACACCCCCCUGCACUACGCCUCCAAGGGGGGGCACACGGACAUGGUUAAGAUGCUGGUGGGGCAGGGGGCGCCCGUGGAACAGCGGAACAGCUACAGGCUGACGGCCUACGACGUCGCGACGGACCACGUCAUCCGCCAGUUUCUCCUUCCACUCCAGCUCAAGGCCGAAGCCGGCAACCCGGACUACGCUGUCAACACGAUGGGAAUCACCUCGGACGCUGCUCCGCGUAGCUACGAGCAUCACGGCGUCCCGGGCAUGGGCAGCGGCGGCGGCGGCGGCCAUCCCUACGGCCAGCAACAACAGUAUGGGGUAGGCGUCGGCGAAGGAGGCGCUAGUAGCAUGGACGCUGCUCUCGGCGCGUUGAUGCAGGCGCCGACAAUGGUGCCCCUCGCCCCGCGACCCGGCGCGGGCAUGGCGGGGCCGCCUCCCAUGGGUAUGGCACCCCCCCCGGCGGCGGCGGCGGCGGCGGUAUACCCGCCGGGACCCGCGGGUUUUCCCGGCGCCCAGCAACCCGGGUCGUAUUCACCGCCCGGCGAAGGCGGCGGCGGCGGUGGGUACCCCGCCCCGCCUGGCGCUUCGCCCCCUGCUGCGACGGGGUCCUUGCCUCUGCCGACGCCGCCCGUCGGGGGGGGGGUGCCUUCGACGUCCGCGGCGCCCCCGGCGGCGCCGUUCCCCGGGGCCGGCGUGGCCGCGAUCACUGCCACGACGCCUGGAGCGGCGGCGGAGGGAAAAACCGAAGUCGCGUCGCCGGCCCCCAAAGGGGACCUCGCCGGGACCGGACCUCCUGAUGCGGCCGCCGCCGCCGCCGCUACCGGCGGCCCGCGAUCGUUCCCGGGGGUCGCCGUGCAACUCGCGGCGCCGCCUGCGGCGGCGUCGGCGGUAGCAGGAACCGGUGGCUCGCCGGCCGCGGCGCCGAAGGCCGGGGAGGAUUUUUCGGGACGGCCACCUUUCGAGGACGAGAGCCUGCGACCCGGAGCGGAGGCGAAGGCGAACUCGAGCAGCAGCCCGGGAGACGGCCCCUCCUCCCCGCUCAUGUCCACCGUAGACCUCUCGUCGAAAUUUCAGGCCCAGGUGGCCGUGUCGGGGGCAGGAGCCGGGGCGGCGGCGGUGGAAGGGUCUUUCGUGGGCGGUGGUGGGGCAGGAGCUCCCCCCGUUGCCCCCCCGCCGCCGCAUGGGUCCGAGCCGAAUUGCGCGACGGCGGGGGCGGCGCCACCGCCAUCUGUACCUCCGGGUUCGCUUGGGCCGAGCGCGUCCGGGCCGAGCCAGCCGCCGCCCGCCGAACAAACGGGGAAGAAGUUUAAGCUCAUCAAGCCGGAUGGGUUCCACUCGAGCGCAUCGGACAAGGUGCUGCAGGCUAGGUAUGGCCAUACCAAGAUCGUGAAAGAGUUCGGCGCCCCCCCAACAGCCGCUCAGCUCGGCGGCGCGAAGGGGGGUUACAUGGCCGGUCCGCCGAUGCCCCUGCCGGGGCCGCCGCCGAACAUAAACGGGUACGCUCAAAAACCCCAGCGUCAAGCUCAGUACGGCAUGAUGCCGCCGCAGCAGGCGGUGGGGGGAGGACAGGGGCACUACGGCCAGCCGUUUGGCGCGCCGCCGCCACCGCCGCCGCAGGCGGCCCCUCGAGGGUACCACCAAGCCUCGCGGCCGUCGAACGUAGGUGAUGGCGGGGCUCCGUCUAGCGGUGGUGGUGGUGCCCCGCUGCCGACGCCGGGGGGGUACGCGUACCCACCGCCGGCCGCCGGGG